AUGACCGCCGAAUCAGAAUACGCAUUCUUUCCAGAAAAAAAGGUCACCGUGAUCAAAGCUCCUUUUAAUGGAGGUCAGGGUAAGCUUGGAGUUGAACAAGCACCAGAAAAGCUUAUUGAAAACGGACUUCUUGAUGAUAUAAAGGAGCAGGGAUGGAGAUACGAGAUUGAGGACCCUCUUAAGGGAGAUGACUGGAGAGCUAUGCGUGCCGAUGCCUCCGAUGUGUAUGGAAACUGUAAAAGACCACACAUGGUGAGUGAAGGAGCCAAAAAAGUGUAUGAGGCCUCUGUUAGAGCCCGUGAAAACAACACUUUUCCUCUAACCGUUGGUGGGGACCAUGCCAUUGGUAUGGCAACGUUGUUGGCGUUUGUGAAAAAAUACCCUGAUGGAGGUAUCAUUUGGGUUGAUGCACACGCCGACAUCAACACCCCAACCACAACCGAAUCGGGAAAUCUUCACGGAUGUCCUGUUGCCUUCGCCAUGGGACUUGAUCAGGAGCACUGGCCUGCUGAUUUUGACUGGAUCAAACAGCUUGGUCACUUCAUCAACCCUAAGCAAAUUGCAUACAUCGGUCUAAGAGACGUCGACAAGGGAGAGAGAAAGAUUCUUCGCGAUUUGGGCAUUACUGCUUUCUCCAUGUAUCACGUGGACAAGUACGGAAUUAACACUGUUGUCCAAAAGGCAAUCAAGGCCAUCAACCCAUCCGGAAAGGCUCCUAUCCAUGUGAGUUACGAUGUUGAUGGUAUUGAUCCACAGUAUGUCGCUGCAACUGGUACUCCUGUCAGAGGUGGACUUUCUUUGAGAGAGGGUCUUUUCAUAAUGGAAGAACUUGCAGCUUCGCAUCUUCUUGCCGGCUUGGAUAUCGUUGAAGUUAAUCCUGCUCUAGGCCCAACGAAAACGCACACUCUAGAUACAGUUAACACUGGUCUUUCUAUAUCCAGAUGUGCCUUGGGAGAUACAAUCUUGUAA